AUGUAUGGUCUUAAUCAUCACUUAAUGGGAUCUUUGUUGCCGCAAGAUGGUACGCUACCUGCAUUUUUACAGCUGUACAUUAUCGACAUAGAAAAUGAAGUCAGAAAUAGGAUUAAUGCUAUUACCAGAAAACAAAAGAGUGGAAAACAAAAUGAAAAUUUAGAAGUUGAUUCUUCAAUGACAGCCAUGGACGAAUAUGGAAAGAAAAGCACAAAGGAAUUGGAUGAAAACAUUGUUGCUGGAUUAGUUAACAUGCUGGGCACGCACAACUGGCUAAGCCAGAAAUUCAGGAUGUGGAGGGACAGGUACAAACAAGAUGAACUAGACGAUGUUGAAUUUCGUCUUAUUGGUACACGAAAAAGGGAUGCAAGACAAUACAAUCUUCCAACUACAUCUAAAAUCGCUGGAUUUGUAGUUGAUGAUCCAGAGUCAGAUGGAAAAAGGGAUAUAAUCAUUCAGGAAAAAAAUGGUUUAUUGAAAGAUAUAUCCGAGUUGCAUCCAAGUUAUAUGGCAUUGCAGUAUCCAUUGUUGUUUCCUUAUGGUGAAGAUGGUUUUCAUAUUGAUAUUCCAUAUGAUAAGCAAACUAAGAUUGUAUUCAACGACGAAAUAGGUGAUGAAAUAGGUGAUGGAAAGAAGAGAAAAAACAUAACUAUGAGGGAAUACUAUGCAUUCAUAAUACAACAAAGAGCAGGUGAUGGUCAGACUCUUCUCCGUGGAGGGCGACUAUUCCAACAAUAUGUAGUUAAUGCUUAUGCUACAAUUGAGCAAAGCAGAUUGCAGUGGGUUAAAAGCCAUCAGAAGGAAAUACGUUGUGAUUUAUAUAACUGCAUAAAAGAAGCGGUAAGAGCUAAAUACACCAAACCAGCUAGCACAGGUCGAGUAAUCUUACCAUCAACUUUCACAGGCGGACCAAGAUAUAUGAUUCAGCAUUACCAAGAUGCCAUAGCCUUAUGCAGAGAGUUGGGUCCCCCUGACUUAUUUAUUACAUUCACAUGUAAUCCAAAUUGGCCGGAAAUUGCAGAAGCUAUCAAAAUGUUUCCUGGACAAAAACCAAGUGAGAGACCAGACAUAAUAAGCCGCGUAUUUCACAUAAAACCCAAACAGUUAAUGUCGGAUUUGGUUGGAAGCAGGCAUUUCGGAGAAGUGCAAGGAGCUCUCUAUACUGUCGAAUUUCAAAAACGAGGAUUACCCCAUGCACGCAUAUUGUUGCGGCUUUCACCUGAUGAAAAGCCAAGAUCCGCAUCACAUAUUGGUUCAAUUAUAUCCGUGGAAAUUCCAAACCCAAAGGAAAACAAGGAUGCCUACGAUGCAGUCUGCAAUUAUAUGCUCCAUGGCCCGUGCGGACAUGCAAAACCUAACUCUCCAUGUAUGCGCGAUAAAAAGUGUACGGAGAAUUUUCCAAAGAAAUAUAACAACAAAACAUAUGCUGAUGAUACGGGGGGUAUGACUAUUAAAUAUUUAUUCAAGUGCAUCCACAAAGGAAAAGACAUGAUAACUGCUAUUGUUGCAGUAAUUCCAGCAAAAGACAAAAAUUCAAGCAACAUAAAUAAUAAAAAUUCAAGCAACAAUGUUGCUGUUGAAGAAAUACAGAGAACAAGUAAGGACGAGGUCAAUACAUAUCUCGAGGGUCGAUACCUAUCAGGAUGCGAAUGUAUAUGGAGGACGCUUAGUUUCAAAAUUCAUUAUCGAAAUCCAAGCAUAGAAAGGUUACCAUUACAUAUCGAAGGGGAACAAUUAGUCUACCACAACGAUACCGAUGAUUUGAGAGAUGUUCUAGACAAGGAAGAUCCAGAUGCAUCAAAAUUCAUUCAAUGGAUGAAAGCUAAUAGAGACCAUGAAGAUGCAAGAAAAUGGACAUACAAAGAGUUUCCUAAGCAUUGGAGAUGGGACCAAGGGAAAAAACAUGGAAAAGGCUACCAAAAUUAUGACGAUAAUAAAACAGUGGGUGAGACAAUUCAUCCUACAUUCAAAUCCGCAUGUUUGGCACUAGGAUUAUUGGAAGAUGACGGUGAAUGGCACCGAGCCAUUCGGGAAGCAGCAGAAACACAUACAGGCAAGAGGUUACGUGAAUUGUUUGUGAUAAUAUUGUUGAAUUGCAAAGUAACAGAACCUAAAAAGGUGUGGAAUGAUAAUUGGGAUCUUUUAGCAGAAGACAUUAAGUACGAAAAAAUGAAGUUUUAUGGAAAUUCAGCACGAAACCUAAGGGAUGAAGUCUUGCAAAACUAUGCACUACAAGACAUUGAAAAGAUUUUCUGGAAACAUAAUCGAACCUUAAAGGAGGAUGAGUUUAAGGAUAUACCAUACCCAGACAUGUCUGAAUUAAAGGUUCCUAACAACACCCUGAUUCAUCAAGAGAUGAACUAUGACAGAGAUAUUAUAAUGGAAGAUGCAGAGGAGUUGAAGAAGGGGUUAAAUGCAAAACAAGCAUUAACGUUUAAUGAGAUUUCAAAAUCAGUUGAAGACAAGGCUGGAUGGCUAUUUUUUGUGUAUAGAAGCGGCGGAACAGGUAAGACUUACCUUUGGAGAACCCUUACUUCUUCGCUACGGUCACAGGGUAAGAUUUUGCUAGCAGUUGCUUCUUCGGGAAUAGCGUCACUGCUGCUAACAGGUGGUCGUACAGCUCAUUCCAGGUUCAAAAUUCCGAUGAAACUCAAUGAAAUAUCGUGCUGCAAUCUAUUUAAGAAAACGCCCCUAGCAGAGUUAUUGUGCGAAGUAGAUUUGAUUAUAUGGGAUGAAGCACCAAUGAUAUACAUGUAUGCACUUGAGGCAGUUCAAAGAGCUCUUGCUGAUUUAAUGAUGGAAGCGAAUAACAGUAAGUUAUUAUUCGGGAAAAAAACAUUGGUACUUGGCGGUGAUUUCCGACAAAUUCUACCUGUGAUUAAGGAAGGAACAAGAGAAGACAUAGUAAAUGCUUCUAUAAGCAAAUCUAGAUUGUGGAAACACUUUACAGUUUUUGAACUGACAGAAAAAUGA